CAAGAGACACACAAGUAUUCAAACUUCACAUCAGCAGACAGUCCCAUCAGGAGGAAGCAGUGGCGGACUGACCAUUUGGAAACUCGGGCACUGCCCGAGGGCCCGGGGUCAGUAGGGGGCCCCAUGAGAUGCCCCUGGUACCUUUUUCAUAGGCUUUUUUGAGUUUGGGAAAGGACACAGGGGCCCCAUGAUCCCCUAUUGCUCUGGGGCCCCGGGGUCAGUAGGGGGCCCCAUGAGAUGCCCCUGGUACCUUUUUCAUAGGCUUUUUUGAGUUUGGGCAAGGACACAGGGGCCUCAU